AUGGCCAAGACUCCCCAAGAUUUGCAAAUCGCCAUUCUGGGCGCUGGCAUGGGUGGUCUCACCACUGCUCUUGCUCUGGCCCAACGUGGUUUCAAGAACAUUGACGUCUAUGAGAAUGCGCACGAUCUUGGUUUCGUCGGCGCCGGUAUCCAGCUUGCGCCUAACAUGGCUCGUGUGCUGGACAACCUUGGUGUCUGGAAGGGCAUUGAGGACGAGGCUGUGAACAUUGGAGAUACCCGUGUCCGUGUUGGUGCUGAUAACUCCGAGCUUGCCCAUGUCGAGCUGGGUUAUAUUAAGGAAACCUACGGAUACCGUCACAUGGUUGGCCACCGCUCAUCCCUGGCUAACGGUCUGUACCAGGGCUGUCUGAAGGAGUCCGCUAUUAAAGGUCGACUCGUUCGGCCCUCGCCCAUCAUUCACCGCCACCCCCGCGACGGCGGCGACGCCUACAAGGUCACCUGCGAUGUCCUCCUGGGUGCCGACGGAAUUAAGAGUGAGACCCGUGCCGCCAUGGUGAAGCUCUUGAACAUCACUGCUGGCGUCAAGGACACCCAGCAAGCCGCCUACCGCAUUAUGAUCCACAAGGAGCAAAUCAAGGAUGACCCUGAGCUCCUGGAAUUGAUUAACAGCACCACAGUCACUCGCUGGAUCGGUGAGAAGCGUCACAUCAUCGCCUACGCUGUCUCCAACAACACUAUCUACAACCUGUCCACCACUCAACCCGAUAAGAACUUCGCCGAGGCCACAAACGCCACUUACACAACCAAGGGCUCCAAGUCCGCUAUGAUGGAGGUCUUCUCAGAUUUCUGUCCCAUGGUCAAGCGUCUGCUCGACUACGUCCCCGAGGGCGAGGUCUGCGAGUGGAAGCUGCGUGUUCACGACCCUCUCCCUACCUGGGUCCACGAGCAGGUCGCUCUCGUUGGUGACGCCUGCCACCCUACCCUCCCUCACUUGGCUCAGGGUGCUGCCCAGGCCAUCGAGGACGGUGCCGUUAUUGCCGUUGCUCUCUCCCGCCUCCCCGAUACCACCCCCGAGUCCAUUAACAAGGCUCUCCGUGUUUACGAGAAGGUCCGCAAGGGUCGUGCUGAGACUCUGGUCGAGAUGGCUGCUGCUUCUGGUCGUGCUCUUCACUUGGGUGAUGGUGCUGCUAAGGAGGAGCGUGAUCGUCAAUUCGCCGCUCUCAAGGCUCAGGGCGGUAAGGGUCCUGUGCCCGACAAGUGGGCCGAUGCCGAUGUCCAGAAGGAGAUCUACGGCUUCGACUGCACUAAGGUUACUGAGGACAAGUUUGAUGAGUACUUCUCGCAGAUGUAA